AUGUCCGAACCCGGCCCCGAAUCAAUCCCAACCAGCGCCGACCCGCGCAGCAAACGCCCCGUCAAGCGGCGCGCCAUCACCCCACACUCCGAACAAGCAACCCAGAUCAACACGCUCUUCCGCGACCCAAGCAAAGAAGUCCAGCUGCCACAAUCCUCGACCGCGCGCACAAGCGGGUCACUCGCGCCGCCACCCGAGAUCGUCGCCAACGUCCAGGGCUCGUCGGCAGGCGCGGGCUCGGGCGAGUUCCACGUGUACAAGGCGAGCCGGCGGCGCGAGUACGAGCGGCUGCGGCUGAUGGAAGCCGAGGUGGAUCGCGAGAAGGGCAACAGUAGCUGGGAGAAAGAGCGCGAGGACGCCAAGCGCAAGGACGACGAGAAGACGGAUAAGAAUCGGCGGAAGCGUGAGAAGCGGCGGGCGGCGAAGGGGAAUAAUGCGAAGAAGGGCGGCGCCGCUGCUGGUGGUGGUGAUGCGAAUGCGAAGGCGGAUAAGGCUAUGGAUGUUGAUCCGGCUUCCUCGGGCAAGGGAGGUAAUGCGCCGGGCCGGGGUGACAAUGCGAAGAAGGAUCAGGACCAGUCGGCUGCUGCGGAUGGAGAGACGCAGGAAGUCCCCGGUGUCAUUAUCCAUGAUGAGGAUUGA